GCUGUGCACCCACACGCACUGCGAGUGUGCAUCAACACCAGCGCACACACGCACACAGGUGUGGCCUCCCUUUUUCCUAGAGCACAGCGCAAUACUCUCAGCUGUGUUCUCAUUUUGAAGGUGCGUUGCACCGCCUGCCUCUUUUAGAAAGGACGUCUCCCCGCGUUGGAUUGAAGAGAGGCCGCAACUUAAUCUGUGCCCUCUUUUCUGUAUGCAUACCCUUUUUUUGUUUGUGGUUAUCAAACGCGUCCCUUUUCAAUCUCCAUCAAACUCAUUGAAAGGGCCAUAAAGGUGUACAUUCCGAUAUCGCCCUGCUCGUUAGACGGUUGCUCUUUUUUCUUCCUCUUUUGAAGUGAGCUUUAGAAUUUAGAUUUUCCUCCGUGUCUUGUUUUCUGACGGUGUUUUCUUGGUGUUCUGCUUCAGUACUUUUACCCACCUCUUAGAUCUUACAACCGUUACGGCGUCAUGGCUUCCUGGUCGGUGCUGGUAACCCUUCACAAUUUGGUCAACAUCCCGCUCUCCGCCUGUGAAAAUGGUCCGCGCACCUUCGCAGUGGAGGCGCACAUGCUGCACCGCGCAUCCGCCUACUCCGCUCCCGUAGCAGCGGCCAUCUUCACCACCGACGACGUGGCCUGCACUACACCGAACCUUUUCGAGGUGCGUCUGGACGAGGUGGCCGGGAACACCAGCGGGAACGGGGGCGGUCCCAAGGUGUGGCGAUGCGCAUUGCCGCAGAUGGAGGCGGUGGUGAUGGUGAAGGAGAUUGUUGGCGGGUUUACAGCGCCGUACCGACCACGUGCGCGCGAGGACGAUGGCACGUUCACCGCGGAUGGCACCCGCAUCGUCGGGAGCUCGGCCCCGGUCGCGCUCAACGUGAAGGACAUCGUCGAAGUGGACAAGCUCACCACCCGCGUGGUGGGGACCGAGAUGGGUCAGGUGGGCGUGUCGUUUGCCGUGGACCCCGGCGACAAAACUGGGUACCGUCACCGACUCGAAAACUUUUUGCGCGUCUACAACCCUCAAGGGCUACGUCUUGUCCCGAAUGUGGUCGAGGUCGUGACAGAGCUAGACACCUUCACGAAGCUUUAUAGACGGUACAAGAUUCGCAACUACGAUGAGCGACUCACCGCGUUCUUCAACGUGUACGGCGCACAGUUCCGGAAGGAAAUACCGUCGCUGCUUCGGCAAUGGGAGGGCAGAGAGGAGGAGCUGCUGCGCAACUUGAUUCUGGACAACGGCCCGGAGCUGUCGACGGUGGAGCCGCACCAGCGACUCACCGCGUACCUCGCUGCGCACCAACUGGAUCGCAAACACCCAGGUGUGCAGGCGAUUCUUGCCGAGCACGCCGAUGCGCCGGACGUGAGUGGUCUCUUUGCCGCCCUUACCGAGCGCUACGGUCCCGAGCCAGACCCGCGCACCUAUUUAUUUAUCCCGCCUCGGUAUACGCCUGUGUCGGCCCAACUGACUAAUGCCGGCCCGUCUACGAGCCUUGAGGCUUCUUCGUGGGCGGCCCGGCCACUUCUCACGCAGCACGCCUCGCCGAACCAGAGCACCUCGACGCGGCGGACACGCAACUCCGAUGCAGGUUUGCCGCAGCGCAGCCCCCCUACCCCCGCCGGUGGCGGUCAGCAGCUUCUGUCGGUUCCCUUGUCACCAACGCCGAAGCCGGCAGCGGCGGCGCCGGUAGAAACCGCGCGGAUGCUGAGCAAAUCGCCAAGUUUCAGAGUCGAUGGGGACGACGGGAAACUGCCAAAAGAAGCAGCGCCACGAAACGCUACUCGCCAGGGCAAGGAGAUACGUAUCAUCACACCGCAGGAUCAGCUUGUGGUGACGGACGGCGACGUUGGUCGUGACGAGCGGAGCAGCGCUGCCACUCGCCGCGGCGCGUCCUUGUGGCGCAAGAUGUGCUCAAUGAUGCAGACCCGGCACCGCGAGUCGACCCCGUGGCGGGAGUACCAGCUUUUCUUUAUGAACCAAGACGAGUUCACCGCCGUGGUGCGUGCGUUGCACAUGUUUAACGAUGACGGCGGCGGUGAGGUGCAGGACUUAGUAGACGAGUGGCAGCGUCGCAUUGACAGCGUGUUGAGAGUGGAGACGCUUUCUCCCAAUGACGCCUACUACGGUGCGGCAGUGCAGGAGACGUCCAGCUUAACGCAUCUGCUGCCGCUGCACAUCCAGGUCCUCUCACUGACCUCUCUCUUUCAUAAGGAGCAGUAUACCGGCUUCUCUACCUAUGUUGAGGAGAAGGCAAAGACGGCCAAGACGGAACGCCUCGUGCUCGUCGGUGACGCACGGAAGCUCAUGGAAGUUGCACGCUACGGCUUUCACGCCUCCGUCGACGUUGCGGGUGGCACACACACGACCCAGCAGUCCUCGUCGAAAGAGAGCAACGCCACGCAAGCCGAGUCCCCUAUCGCCUUUUUUCGCGAGCCCUUUCGGCAGUGCGCCGACAAGAUCACGUGUGGCGUCUUGAUCUGCGAAGUAGCGGUGGGAAGCACCUACGCCUGCCCUUCCACGGCGCACACCCCACGAGACCCGUCGGCGGACUUCCUCGCCUCAUACGACAGCUGCGCAUACGAAGAUGAGGCGAAAGGGCCUGCGCUGGCCGUGUACAGACGCCAACAGGUCUUUCCUCGUUUGCUGCUGCAGUGCGUGGUGGAUCCACACCUGCAGCCAUGCCCUGCGCAUCCAGACAAGGCGGUGGAGUAUUACGUGAUGGACAGCCACGCUUUUGCGUGCAGUCGGUGCGUUGUCUUGGGGGCCUACAAGGGGAAGGAGGUUGUCCCUCUUGACGACGCCGCUGUUCUCGCGCGAGGUGGUUUGGCGGAGAUCGAGCGGACAACGCACGCGCUAAAAGAGAGCCUGCUGGCCUACGCGAACCAACUUCGUGGUGAGGAGAGCAGCAUGCCCACGGCACCGCGGCGCGUCGAGGCCGAGCGGGAGAUUGACCGCCUGCAGAGGGAGACCGAGGAGCGCAUCCGGAGCAUUCGGUGGCAGGUGCAGCUCGAGGACGAGGCCCAGCUGUCCCGCAUACGGGCCGACCGCACAGAGGUGGAGGCGACGCUACAGACGGCGGAGCAGCUCGCGUCGCGACUAGAGGCAGCCAUGCACCUGAGCACGCCGGUGGGAACGGUCAAUGCACUGCAGCACAUCCAGCAAGAGAACGAGGUGGAAGCGCUCCUGGAACGUGUGCGGACUCGCGUCCCUGCCGCCCCGCUGGAGCGUGUCCUGCCGCUGGACGGUCCUUCAGGUCCGUCGCCGGGCCCUGCCGCUACCGCGACGGCGCGCACCGUUGCAGGACUGAACGAAAGCCGGCUGCCGACACAUCCGGAGAGCCGGCGGGAGCUGCGAGGAGCGUCGCGACAGCUCCAUCGCAGCCCGGUCCCGCCGCGCGGGUCAUCCACACAACGCAAAGGUGUCGCAAGCAGCGGUGACCUGUACUCGCAGUACCUCGCGUUAGCGGGAGGGGCGGCAAACGCGAGCGCGACGACUGCCGGUAAUUCAGUGGGUGAAACUCCGUCCCGUCUGCAGGCUCCGAGCCUUCAGAAGAGCGAGGUCGCGUCUCUGCGCCGCCCGGACCCGGCGCCGCGCACUUCGGCGGAGGUCAGCGACAGCGAGGAUAAGGAGGGACUGCCUUCGGCAAAGGAGGCCCUAACGCAGGGCUGGGCGUUGCUGCGUCGCGGUGAUGUGGCGGGGGCGCAGCGCGUGUGGGACUCUGUGUGUCGCGCGCACGGCACGAACGACGUGAUGGGGACAAAGGCGCACGCUUACAUUGCCGAGGCGAUCCACAAGGACUAUGCCGCAGCGGCGCAGUGGUACGCGCGAUCGCUGCAGCUUGACCCGCAGGACCGCAUGACGGCCUACAACUACGGUGUGCUGCUCGAGGCCUUGCUUGAUCAGCCGCAGGAAGCGCUCCGAAUGUAUGACAGAGCCGCAUCGCUUGGUGAUGGCGUGGCAGCCACCCGUGCCCGCGAAGUGCGCUCUGCCAUGGCGGCCUCUAGCAAACCUUCGCGCCGUUGA